CAAAAAGACCAUGCGAAAAAUUCGCAGUAACAAAUCUGGAACUUUUUACACAAACGGUUGAAAAAUAUCACAUCGAGCAAAAAUCUCCUUACAAAAUAUUUAGUAAAAUUCUCUAUUUGAAAUUUCAACGUCAACAACACACUUUGGAUGCAAUAAAAUUUAAUUUCGAGAAAAAUAAGUAAAUGAAAACGGAGUCCGCGCAUACGCCUCAUUGGAUAAUAAACAAAUUGCAACGGCAACUGCAACUGCAACAACAACAAUAGCAAGGAAAAACCCCAUCACACACACAUACACAUACGAAACAAAAAGAAAAUAACCCAAUAUACCGAAAUUCCAUUUUGUUAGUGUUUUAAAAGAUUUUUCAUAGUGUUUUUAAGUGCAACAUAUAUUUGCCAGUUUUUGUUUAAGUUUUUCUUUAUUUGCAACUCUGUAUAAAAAAAGGGUAAAUCUAUUAUAAUAAAUCUAUUCAAUACGUAUACAUUAUUAAAACGGAAAGUGUUAACGAGGAACACACUAAGCUAAAUACGCUUUUAAUUUAACGAUAAAUUAUCUAUAUAGAAAAUAAUAACAAUAAUAACAGAAAAUAUAAAUAAUAAUAAUAACGAAUAAUACGUUUCUAUGGGCACGAGAAGCGCAUAAAAAUGCAGCGCCAUGUUUGGAAAUGCAUUAAAAUUAAAUAUAAAAUGUAUAAAUUGCUAACAAGUGAAACAAAUACAACCUGAAAAGCAGAAAAACACAAACAACAAUAAGAAACAAAAGAAAACUAAAGUGAGAGACGAGACUAUUUAGUUAAAUUCUCUAAAGUGUUUGGUGCAACAAAUAAUGAUCAUAAAGUGAGCAACGGAUAAUAAAAUAAAUAAUUAAGAUUAUAUAAUACAAGAAAUACAUUGAACAACAACGACUGCGUUUUGUAACUCUUCAAUACACAUACAAUACAACAUAUUAAAGAUCGGAUUGAUCGGAUUAUUAAAUUGGAUUUGGCCCCCGUCUCUACGUCGUUCGUCAGCUGUAGGAUCUAACAACAGCUUUUGUCCCGUACCCCUCUCUUAAUUCGCCCCUGUAAAACGCAGUCAGCAAAAUUCGAAUAAAAAAAGAAAGGAAAUUCAAAUCAAAAUUGAAAAAUAAACCAAUUGCAAUCACUUUUACAAUUGCAAACUGCAACGUGUGCCUCAAAACCUCGAAAGCUACAAAGACAAGCUUUAAUCGAAAGCUCUUCAUAAACCAGCAUUUACGUAACUUGAGAUAAUUGAUGCAAUUACCUACUAUACAAACAUAAACACUUACGUAGAUAUAGUCAAGGAAAAAAAGCUUGUAAACCGAGCUGGACCACAGUGUAAUCGAUUGACGAUCGCCGCAGCGCGUUUCAAAGCUCCAAAAGCUAGAGAGAGCAACGCACUGCAGUCUGCAGUUAGCGGAAGCAGCAAAAAAAGAGAGCGGGAGAGAGCGCAAGAGUGCAACAGGCAGCAGCAGCAGCAUCAGCGACUGCAGUAGCAGCAGCCGAGGUGUGCUUCGUAACUUGUUCGGCCGGCAUUCGGACGACGCUUCGUGCACUUCCUGCGUCGCGCAGCCCCCAGCAACAACGAAAGCCAACUGAGCGACAAUCAACGAGAUCAGUUCGUUGGCGAAUGCAACGCUGAUUGCAAUUGACGCUGGCCUGCAUUCUUCGGCGAAAAGUGAAAGAGAGACGGAGAGACACACUUGAGCGAGGGAGAGAGCCAGAGAAGUGUGUUUGCGUGUGUCAGUGUCUGUGUGCAUGUCUCCUCUUUAACACUGACUGAGAUCAUCAUCAUCAUCACUCACGCUCUACUGUACGCCGGUCACUCAGCAUCGCCGCCGCUGCAAUUCAGCACCGCACCUCGCGACCCCCUCUAAAAUAAAAUACUAUAUAGAAACGACUUUUUUGCGGUUCGUUGCGUGCAAAAUAAAAAAGUACUACAAAAUAUUUUGAAAUAGAAAACUUGAAGAGAAAAACACGUAGAGAACAUUACAUUUGAUAUCUCGUAAGCAUUUGAAUACUACAAGUAAACGAAGUGUAAACGUUGAAAAUAAGUGAAGUGAAAAAAAUACAACAAAAUACUAAAUAAUAAUCAUAAUAAUAAUACCUAUAUACAUUAUAUAUAUACACAUACAUAUUACCAACCAACGUAAGGCAGUUACUCGGAUUAAUUAUCUACACCUGCUGCAGCCAAUUGGAUACAAUACUCAUUUGGAUACUCAACCACACCUCAGCAUCAGCAGCGACUCAGCUACUGCUCCAAUUCGCAUGAAAAUGGCGGAAGGCAAUGGCGAAUUAUUAGAUGACAUUAACCAGAAAGCCGAUGACCGUGGCGAUGGCGAACGUACAGAGGAUUAUCCCAAGCUCUUGGAAUAUGGUCUGGACAAGAAGGUCGCGGGCAAACUGGAUGAAAUCUAUAAGACCGGUAAACUUGCUCACGCCGAGCUGGAUGAGCGCGCCCUGGACGCGCUCAAGGAGUUUCCCGUUGAAGGUGCCUUGAAUGUGCUUAGUCAGUUCCUCGAGUCAAAUCUGGAGCAUGUGUCAAAUAAGUCUGCCUACCUGUGUGGGGUCAUGAAGACCUAUCGUCAAAAGAGUCGCGCCAGUCAGCAGGGCGUUCCCGCAACCGCCAGCACCAUACAGGUGAAGGGACCCGACGAAGACAAGAUCAAAAAGAUACUCGAGCGUACCGGCUACACACUGGACGUGACCACAGGACAACGAAAAUACGGCGGUCCUCCGCCCAAUUGGGAGGGCAAUGUGCCCGGCAAUGGCUGCGAAGUGUUUUGCGGCAAGAUACCCAAGGAUAUGUUCGAGGACGAGCUAAUCCCGCUGUUCGAGGACUGUGGCGUCAUUUGGGACCUUCGACUCAUGAUGGAUCCGAUGACUGGCACAAAUCGUGGUUAUGCAUUUGUCACAUUCACAAAUCGCGAUGCGGCCGUCAAUGCUGUGCGACAGCUCGAUAAUCACGAAAUAAAACCCGGCAAGUGUCUGAAAAUAAAUAUAAGCGUACCGAACCUGCGCCUUUUCGUAGGCAAUAUACCCAAGUCGAAGGGUAAAGAUGAAAUUUUAGAGGAGUUCGGUAAACUUACAGCUGGCCUCUACGAGGUGAUCAUCUAUAGCUCGCCGGAUGACAAGAAAAAGAAUCGCGGCUUCUGCUUUCUCGAAUACGAGUCACACAAGGCGGCUUCUCUGGCCAAACGGAGACUUGGCACUGGUAGAAUUAAGGUUUGGGGAUGUGAUAUUAUAGUCGACUGGGCCGAUCCACAGGAGGAGCCGGAUGAACAAACAAUGUCCAAGGUUAAAGUGCUUUACGUGCGAAAUCUGACGCAAGACGUAACAGAGGAAAAACUAAAGGAACAAUUCGAGCAAUAUGGCAAAGUGGAACGCGUUAAGAAGAUUAAAGACUAUGCCUUUAUACACUUUGAGGAUCGUGAUAGCGCCGUCGAAGCUAUGCGUGGCCUUAAUGGCAAGGAGGUCGGCGCCUCGAAUAUUGAGGUCUCACUCGCCAAACCGCCAUCGGACAAAAAGAAAAAGGAGGAAAUUCUGCGCGCACGCGAAAGACGCAUGAUGCAAAUGAUGCAAGCGCGUCCAGCAAUCGUUGGAUUUGAAACAUUGUCUCCAUACAGAAACCUGUCGCCGACACAUCCCAGCAUGAUGUCCAUAACGCCAAUGCGUCUACAAGGGGCGCGUAUGCCGCUGCGCACGCCGAUGCCCCGUGAAUACGACUACGAUUAUGAUUAUUUUGGCUAUUCGGACUAUCGGCCCGGCUUUGGCGCUGACUCGUACUAUGAUGACGUCUAUCGUUUCUAUGAGGGCGAUUACAGUUAUUACGAUUAUCCGAACAAUGCGAGCGGCAAUGGAGGUGCCGGCGGUGGCGGCGGCAGCAGCGUCAACAACAGCACAGCUGUUGCCAUGCCUACCAAUGCAGGCGGCGGCGGCGGCACCUCCGUAAACGCUUCGCAGCGUCCAUCAAGAGCCCAAGCAAGUGGCACGGUCAAUUCCACGGUGGUUAUGGGGGCUGGACGUGGCCAUGGAAUCACAGUGCCGCGUGGCCGAGUCGUUGGCCAACGUGGCAGCAUCAGUCGUCUGGGGGCCCAACAAGCGCCACAGGCGGCGGCAGCGCCGGCGGUGGGACAGGCGGCGGCGGCGGCGGCUCAUCGGGGGGCGGCCACCGCUCAGGGGGCGCCGGCAGCAACCGGGGGGGUCCGUGGGGUGGCACCAACGCGUCCCAACGCUCCUGGCACCCAGCACGUCAAGCCGCUACAAAAUUUACCAGUAGUCGGUAAACGUAAGUUCGAUGGAGGUCACCAAAAUCCGGCAGAUGUUAAGCGACGUUACCAGAGCGGUUUGAUAGGAAAUGGCGGCAGUUGGGGCAGUUUACCGCUACCACAGCAACCCUUAGGCACAAAUGGUGAACAGUGGUAUAUGGAUACGUUUUCGGCAUGGAGUUAAAACCACAACAACAACAACAACAACACAACAGUUAAAAUAAUCAUCCAACAACAUCAUGGAUAUUAAGGAAGCACACCAACAAGAACAACUACAACUACAACUACAGCAACAAUAAUAACAACAACAGCAAGCAUAUAUGUAUCUAUCUAUUUUUCAUCUUUUCUAAACUCGCAACGAGAGUAGCAAACAAAACUUAAGCAAUAAUUAACUCCUAUAUAAACAAUUUAGCAAUUGAGGAAAAGAAAAAAUACUAUAUCAUUUUACAGCUUUUGCACACGCAACUCUUUAUCUCUCUCUCUCCUUCUCUCUAUCUCUCUCGUAUAUAUCUGAAAGAAAUAAUGUUCUAUAAUGAAUGAUAUUGAAUAGCAAGCAGUAGAUAUAUAAUAAUAGACUUGCCGCAGCAUUUUAGCAAACAAACAAAAAAAAACACUUCAGUUUCUUUAAAUCAAGCAUAAAAGAAAGUAAUCCUAAAAGCAAAAAGUAAUUAGAGCAUUUUUAAGCAAAGUAAAACCCCUUUUAAAAUUUGAGAAUUACAUACGUUUUUAACUUGGAAAGUCGAUACAAUAAUGAGCAUAUAUAACAAAACAAAAAACAAAAACUACAACUAUAUAUAGACAUAUAUAUAUAUAUAUAUUUAUAUCAAUAUACUGCAAUUAGGCUCUUAUUGAUUUUAAAACUUAAGCAAAACAAAAAAAAAAACAACUUUUUUAUACAUAGAUGAACGCGUAAACCAAAUUCAGAAUCAUGAUAAAAACAGCCCCUAAUGAAAAAUGUAAUGAAAUUAAUAAUUAUAUUAACAAUUUUACUACUAUUUGUAUAAAACAUGAAUCAAAUUGCAAAUUCAAUGGACUUUAAUAACGAGUUGCACACAAUAACAAAAUUUCCCCCUCAAUUGUAAAUACGAAAUGGAAAAAAAAAGCUCUAAAAAGAAUUGAUGAAAAUUGAGAAGAAAACAAAAAAAAAAGUAAUUCAGAAGCAAAGCUUAAUGAAGAAACAUUGACUGAAAAUUAUAAAAAAAAAAGAAAACAAAA